UUUUUGCAUCCUCACUCGAUACGCUCUCGUCUUCCUGGACGGAAGGCGAAUUUUGAGCUGCUUGGUUUCUUACAUUGAAUCGUGUUGGUGAUUUUCAGCUAUGCUUGGGACAAGCUUAAUUUUCCUGUCCAUCUGCCUGCCAGCAAUAUUUGCUCAAGGAAACAUCCCUUACGGCCCACCCUCAAACACGCAACUAGGCCAGGCACCGCAAGUAAUUCCAAGUGCACCAUGUCAACCCGGAUUUUAUGGCCCGAACUGUGCCCAAAGGAUGCCGGGAAAUAGAUAUUGCGGAGGUCAAUUCAGAGAGUACAAUCAAAUGACCGGGCUCUGCAUAUAUGGAUGCCAAUGGGCUGGCCAACAACCGCCUUAUUGCGAUCGAGAAUGUUACGAUGGAAAAUUUGGCUUCAAUUGUAACUUUGAUCAGCCACGAGGAAAAUGUUCUGGCUUGGGACAGUUCGGGACUUACAACAAAGUGGAUGGGAAAUGCACCGUAGGUUGUGCCAGACCAGGUUACCUGCCUCCAGAUUGCGUAACAGUAAGAGUUUGCGAGUAUGGAAAAUACGGAAUAAAUUGCAACGAACAAUUUUAUGAACGUGUCUGCAAUGGCAAUGGGCAUUUCGGCGAAUAUGACUUUACUAAUGGAGCGUGCACGAAAGGUUGCGUCCAUCCCGGAAAACAGGCGCCAUUCUGCAAAUACGACUGCGGUAAUGGAAAAUUCGGCUGGAAUUGCCAACAUGAUAUACCGAAAGGAAGAUGCGCAGGGCCUUUUCCUUAUGGGAACUAUGACAAAGUAUCUGGCCACUGCUACAGUUGCAAAUCUCACGGCAAAAAACUUCCAAAUUGCACUUACGACUGCGACGAAGGAGAAUUUGGCCAAAACUGUCAGUUAAGAUUGCCGAUUGGUGAGAAAAGAUGCUCGGGUUAUGGCAUGUACGGUGAUUACGAUAAAAAAACAGGAAAUUGCAAACACUGCGCUCAGCCCGGCUUUAAACUACCUUCAUGCAACCAAAUGUGCGAUGAUGGAACUUUUGGAUUGAACUGCAAGCUGAAGUUGAAAUUAAAAAAGUGUUCCGGCCAUAUGAGGUUUGGAGAAUACGACCCAGCCACAGGGAACUGCAGGGGCAAUUGCCUGGAGCCUGGCUUAAAAUACCCUGAAUGCGAUCAAGCUUGUGAAAAUGGAUGGUAUGGAGCGCAUUGCCAAUCGAAACUAGGGCCUGGAACGUGCGGCGGUCAGGAAAUAGGAAAUUAUGACAAGAAAACUGGGCACUGCAGGACCUGCGGAAGGUUUGGCUUUAAGCCACCUCUUUGCACCGAACCGUGCGAAGCUGGAUUUUUCGGACUGCAUUGCCUAAAUAAUGUAAAGCACAAAUGCUCUGGGAACGACACCAGCGCCACAGGCCACUGCACCACUUCCUGCCAAUAUCCAGGAUUUGAAUUUCCUUGGUGUGAAAAUGAAUGCGAGGACGGGAAAUUCGGACUAAACUGUACAGAGAAACUCGGUGAGAAAAAGUGCUCCGGUGCUGGAAAGUAUGGUGACUACAACAAGGCAACCGGAGAAUGUCUGCAAUCGUGCGAGAAGUUCAACCUGCAGUUUCCACUCUGCGAAAAGGAAAAAUGUUCAAACAACGAUUUCAAUCGCACGAACGGGAGAUGCUCCGUUUCUUGCGCUGCACCUGGGUUUAUAUUUCCUGACUGCGGAAAAGAAUGCGAUCAUGGGGCUUUUGGAUUGAACUGCUUGCAAAAUAUAACAACGAAAAAGUGCGCUGGAAGUGCUCCAUUCGGAGAUUAUGACCCAGCAACAGGAAAUUGCCAGGGAGAUUGUUUCCUGCCUGGCUUCAAAAAACCUGAAUGCGACAAAGAGUGUGAUAAUGGGACGUAUGGACUGCACUGUGCCUCUCAACUUGGGCCUAGGAUAUGUGGAGGUCAAGGUCUAGGAAAUUACGAUAAGAAAACAGGACAGUGCAGGAGUUGCGCGCGGUCUGGUUAUAAACUGCCCACUUGCACUGAGCCGUGUGAUGUUGGAUUUUUUGGGCUCGAUUGCAAAAGAAAUUUCACGUCAAACAAAAAAUGCUCUGACGAUGACUACGACCGCGUCACUGGUUAUUGCAACACUUCCUGCCAGAUUCCAGGAUUUGAAUUCCCCGCGUGCGAUUUAGAAUGCGAAGAGGGAGAAUAUGGGUUGAACUGCAAAGAGCAACUUAACAAAAAGAAGUGCUCGGGUCCAGGAGAUUUUGGCUAUUACAACAAGUCCAACGGAGAAUGCCUGAAUUCAUGUGAGAAACUAGGUUUGCAGUUUCCAUUGUGCGAAAAGGCUUGCGAUGAUGGAUUUUACGGCCUAAACUGUCAAGGAAAAAUAUCAAACAAAUGCUCCAACAAUGCAUAUGAUUUAAUUACGGGUUAUUGCAACACUACCUGCCGUAACUCAGAGUUUCAGUUUCCAGGCUGCGAAAGAGCAUGUGAGGAAGGAGAAUUCGGACCAUAUUGCGAGCAUCAACAUAGGGAGAAAAAAUGCUCAGGUGGUGGCGAUUUUGGCGAAUACAACAAGGCUAAUGGAGAAUGUGUGCAAUCAUGUGAGGAUGCCGGUGUGCAGUUUCCACUCUGCGAAAAGGAAUGUCAAGCUGGAAAAUUUGGACUAAAUUGUAACGAGUCAUUGCCAUCCGGGGUUUGCGAGGGAAAAACUGAAUUUGGAGAUUACGAUAAAGCGACCGGAGAUUGCAAAUCGGGGUGCAAGGUGAAUGGCAUGCAACCGCCAAAGUGCAUCAUUGAAAUUAAGAAUAAAUAAAUGCAGAGGGCAAAAUCGGAUAUCGGAUUCAUUGGGUUUGCGCUGAUCACCUAACGUAACAACUUAGAGCAACUUCCAAAGUUCGUUGAAUUUACAUUAUAACGUAGUUAAAAAAAACAUAUUUGAAAAUAAUUUAAUUAAUUUUAAGCAUAGCUAAAAUGAAUUUUAAUUUAAAAUAACUGAAAUCAAGCCAACAAUGGGAUUUUUUUUUAAUUCAUUGAUUGCUUUUGAGUCGCCCUCAUUACUUUAAACGAAGCAGAUAAUUUUUCUAGAUGAUAUAAAUAAACAUAAUUGAUUAUAAAUUAUAAAAUUUCAAAAUAUUUGACACAUCAAAAUAAGUUUCUCUUGGCCACAAAAAAAGUAUAUAUUAUUCCUGCUAAAAAUUUAAAAUCCCCGUUCACAAAUAAUUAAUAUGUGUAGCCGUUUUUACACGUUCUUUUUGAAUAAUUUUGAAUUGUAAUUGUCAUAAGAGUUAAUUUUCAAAUGAAAAUUUAAGCUGCUCAUAUAAUCAAAUUUCAAUCUUAAA